UAAAUAUUAGACGGACUAGCUAGCAUAUGUAGCUAGAUGCAUCGAAAACGUUAGUUCCAUAUGUAGUCGUGCAAAGAAUGCUGGUUUAAAUAGAAAUAUUUAAUUGUUUUGUAUGAAAUGAUUAGAGUUUUGCGCUCGAACAACACAUGCAUCUUAAGCAAUAGUUUAUUCGGCCCAUAUUAUCUGAAUCCACUAAGACUGGGAGGAUGUCUCUGGUACAGCACAGCUGAUCCAGACUUGGAAGUUGAAUUUCCGAGGGUUUUACGUACUGGUCGAAGCAACCAGGUAAAGUCAGGACCACAGAGGCAGUUGUGCCAAGUUGUGCUGGACCACUUUGACAAGCAGUACAAUGAAGAGCUCGGUGAGCUGUGGACCAAAGCAAGGGCUGUGCUGCUGGAUCCUCGGUGCUGGCAGUAUGGAUUAAUGCUGAACCGUUUCACUGAGCUGGGUGAACUCAGCCAGGCCUUCCAGGCCCAAGGCUUCUCCAGCCUCCUGCCCGAGGACUGUGGAUCUGGCUCCCUGCGCUGUUUGGUGCACCCUGCCCAGAAUCGGUUUCCCUCCCAAAAGCACCGGCCUGGCCACCUCAAGCAGCUGUACCUGCUGAACGCCGCCUCACUGCUGCCUGUGCUGGCCCUCGGGGUGCGGGAUGGGGACAGGGUGCUGGACUUGUGCUCUGCCCCAGGGGGCAAAGCCGUGGCUAUCCUGCAGAGUGCCACCCCAGGACUGCUGCACUGUAACGAAUGGGACGGCGAGAGGUGGAGAUGGCUGCGGGACACCCUGCAGUCCUUCGUCCCGCCCGCCCUAAUGGAGGCCGUCGGGGUGCUUAAUCUGGACGGGAGAGUCUUGGGGCGCCGCGAGGCGGGCGCGUAUGACGAGGUGCUGGUAGACACUCCAUGCUCAAAUGACCGCAGUUGGCUGUACACGUCCCAGCCUAAGCAGGGUGCGCUGUGGCUGCAGGAGAGAGCCAAACUCCCCGAGCUACAGAAAGAGCUGCUGAGCUCAGCUUUGGCGGCGGCGUGUCCCGGAGGCUCGGUGGUGUACUCCACCUGCACGCUGUCCCGCGCGGAGAACAGCGCGGUAGUUGAGGCGGUCCUGGCAUCCUGUCCGGACGCACAGCCACAGGACCUGGGGUGGCUGGCCCACGCCCUGUCCCACCGCUUCACCUUCGCCCCCAACUCCCCCCACGGGCUUCUGGUGGUCCCGGACCAGGGCAGGACCUGGGGGCCCAUGUUCCUGGCCAAACUGAAAAAACUGUGACUGCUCUGUGCCUUAUCUGAGGAGUAUGGUAUGUAUUGUGUGAUAUGUGAUGUUAUGAAAGGCAGGUUUUACCACCCCCAACGCUGGAUGCAGUCACCUUUAGAACAAACCAGAGUAAAACAGUAUGGUAAUGUAACUUUGUAAACAGAAACAUGAAUGUUGAUAUUUCCCCAUCCUUUUAUAAAAAUGUGUAUCAUUUCGGUCCCACUGUAAUGUGUGAGCAAUUUGGUUUUGAUGUCAUUUAAAUGGUUUGGUUUUUAAGUCAUUUUGUAAAAACUUUGUUCAUAAUGUGAAGAGCCUUGACCAGUUUCAUUGUGCCAUUCUCUCGACACCAAAUAUACUGUACAUCAUUGGCAUGUUAUUCAUAGACACUGUUGUCCCAAACAGGUUCUUAAUAAAUAUUGAUUGGUUAA